AUGAAUCGUUUAGAACUGCGAACUGGAGCUGUGGUCUUAGCAAAAAUAAAAAUUCCAUAUUAUGAUUGGCUUAUCAACGAUGAUGAGAAGAUUCGGGGCAUGGAUGCUUUAACAAAAUACCACAUACCGUUAACAUUAAAUAUUGCAGAUUUUUACAAUUUGAGAUUUAAAUUUAUUCGGCAUCCAACAUGGGGCUACUUACAUCCGGAUUCUGGAUGGGAUGGUGUAAUUCGAUCAUUGAUAAAUAACCAAUUAGAUUUUGGAGCAUCUGCUGUUUUUAUGCGUAAAGAUCGUGCUUCUGUUACAAAAUAUACAAACGUUGGGUUUUGGAGACAAGAGUUCGUAUAUUUGGAUUAUUUUACAUAUGCCAUUAAGAGUUUUAGAGUUUCAAAUAACAAUGCAUUUUUAUUUCGUCAUCCAAAAAUGACUAGAGGUGUACGUAAUGUAUUUUUAAGACCAUUAACAGAUGAAGUUUGGGAAGCAGCUGUGGUGUAUUGUGUAAUAUUACUGAUAUUAUUAAAAAUUGCAUUAUAUUCGGAUUGGAAAUUAUUAUAUAGCAAAAUUUUCGACAUUUCUAAUACUUAUGAUAAUAAAAAUUGGAGUUCUUGUAUAAUGAUCAUUCUUGGAUCAAUAACUCAGCAAGGUGCAAUAACUUCACCAUCAAAUUUAAUAGCUGGACGUUUCAUGACCUUCAACAUAUUGACAUUCUCAUUAGUUUUUUACCAAUUUUAUUCGGCGUCAAUUGUGUCAUCAUUGUUACAAAUGCCACCAAAAACAUUAAGAACAUUAAAACAAUUACUAGAUUCAAAUUUACAAUUAGCUAUUGAAAAUGCUCCGUAUACAAUUGAUUGGCUAACUGUGAUACCACGCAUAUGGCCAGUACGUGAAGGUGUGGAAAAAAUACAAAAAGGUGGUAAAGCAUUUCAUGUGACAUUAAACAAUGCAUACAAAUUGAUUCGUGAAACGUGGUCUGAGCGUGAAAUAUGUGAAUUACAGGCCAUUAAAUUACGUGAUACAAAAACUGUAUUUACUAUAUUACAUAAACAAUCAAAUUAUCGUAAUAUUUUUAAUAUAGCAAUAAUUCGACAAUUUGAGCAUGGAAUUAUGAAUUGUCAUAUAAGACGUUGGCAAUUUAAAAAACCCGAUUGUCUUUUAAGUUUAAGCUCGGCUGUAUUUCAUGUAUCGUUUCAAGAUAUUUAUUUUGCAUUAAUAAUUCUUGUAUUAGGAUGGAUUUUUAGUCUAAUAUCGCUAAUAAUCGAACAAUUUUUGAAAAAAGAAGCUAAAUCACUAUUUAAGAAACGCAUUUUUAUUGAAUGA